AUGAAGGGCGUUCGGAUAAGUUUUAACGUCCAUGGAUAUUGGGAAUGUGUUAACGACGAAGUAAUAAUUUAUGAACUACCAUCAAAACCACAUGAAACUUUUAUUGGUCGAUAUCUCAAGUAUUCUUCAGGCAAUGCGAUCCUGAACUCGCGCCAACAUUUUGAGAAAGAAUCGGAUGCAUAUUUUCGCCCUGAAAAAUCCGGAGUGCGACCACCAAAUGGGAGCAAUCAAAAGGCCGAAUCUCGUCGUCGAAGUGGCGUAUUCUGA